AUCAUCAUCAUCAAUCAACAUUCUUCCAGCUUGCCUUCUCCGCACCGUUGCCCAUCAACAACCCCUCCAUUACGCUACGCUUGCUUGUGCUCAGCUCCCUCCUCGUUAUCUCAUAUUUGAGUCCAACAAAAAAACUUGGAUGGCUGCGCAACCUCUCAACCCGCCUCCACCCCCAGAAUGGGUGGUCAGGCUAAACACCCCGAUGCCGCGCCCAAGCAAAGAGGCCGCCAAAAUCCCCGAUCCUCCAGGCUAUUCGAAGAAGAUGGGCGGUAAAAAUCUUGCGCAACAGUCAUCGACCACCGCCGCGCCGACCAAGCCCGAGGAGACCGAUACCCUGAAGUUGAAGAAGGCCUGGGAGAUUGCCCUGGCUCCCUCCAAGCAAAUCCCCAUGAACGCGAUUAUGAUGUACAUGUCUGGCAACAGUCUCCAAAUCUUCAGCAUCAUGAUGGUCUUCAUGCUCUUCAAGGGCCCGAUCCAAGGCCUCAUCAAUACCAACACCGUCUUCGCCAAGUUCGAAACCGAAGGCACACGGGGCAAGCUUCUGGGCGUCAAGGCCAUCUAUGUCGUAAUGCAGCUAGUCUUACUUUGCUUGGGUAUCUGGAAGGUCAACGCGAUGGGUCUCCUGCCGACUACGAGAUCAGAUUGGUUAGCGUGGGAGUCAGAGCGUCAAUCGUUGGAGCCGGCUUAUUUUGCAUUUGGAUGAAUCUCCAGGGUUUAUGUUCUAUAUUAGGUACAGAAUGUUGGCGCACAGAAAGUAUAAAAUGGCCCGAGGGUUGAUAUGAAACAAGUCUUUCGUGCAAAAUAACCGGAAUCCUUCAUUAAUUAGGCUCGUACUAGUUGCACGUGUGUAGCAGUUGCC